UACACUUCUGAGUCUUGUAGGGUUAGCCUGCGUUGCUCGUCGCGACUUCGUCCGCUCGUACUGUAGUAGCUUGGUAGGCUUGCUGUCGCGUGCCGCCGACAUGGAUUGGAACGACAUCAGAAACCAGGUCAGCAACCUGUCGCUGUACGACGUAAAGGCCGGCAUCCGAAAGGUCCAAAAUGCGGUUAUGAACUACACCGAGAUGGAGGCCAAAGUCCGAGAAGCCACGAACAAUGAACCUUGGGGAGCGUCUUCCACCCUAAUGCAGGAGAUCGCAAACGCGACGUCCAAUUACCAGCAGCUAAACGAGAUCAUGCCGAUGAUCUACAAGCGCUUCACCGAAAAGUCCGCGGAAGAGUGGCGCCAGAUAUACAAGGCGCUGCAGCUCAUGGAGUUUCUUGUUAAGAACGGCAGCGAGCGUGUGAUCGACGAUGCCAGAUCACAUCUCAGCCUGCUGAAGAUGUUGCGGCAGUUUCACUACAUUGACCCUAAUGGGAAGGACCAGGGCAUCAACGUGCGUAAUCGAAGCAAGGAGCUCACUGAUCUGCUGAGUGAUGUGGAAAAGAUUCGAGCUGAGCGCAAGAAAGCGCGUGGAACGCGGAAUAAGUACUCCGGCCAUGAGGGUGGUGGAGGCCUUGGUAUGAGUGGUAGCAGCAGCGCUAGUCGGUAUGGCGGCUUCGGCAGCGAGAGCGGUUCUGGUGUUGGAGCCGGGUAUGGUGGUGCCACUCGCGGCGUGUACGGAGAUGGCGGCGGCUUUGGCGGGGAAAGCAAUGACGAUUACGACGAGCCUGAACGGAGAGGCGGUGCUGAGCAGUUUGAGGAGUACAAUGAGUUCGACGAUGGAGGUGCACAAGCUCCGCCAGGCAGGCGGAAAGCGGACCAAACAGCAAGUGCACGCCGGACGCCAAAGAAGGAACCUGUCAAGCCUAAGGCGCCGGAAGUGGACCUAUUCGACUUUGGCGAUGAGCCUGCUGCACCUUCAAAUGGUACAGCGGCUGCAUCGUCCAGCGCUUCAGCUGUCCUGUCACCGCCUGCUCCAACCACUAUAGGAGGCGAUGACGAUGACUUUGACGACUUCCAAUCAGCGACACCGGCCCCAGCCGCUCCAACACCGAGCAUACCAAAACCGAAUUACAGCUCUUUGCAGCCGCCGGUCUCGACAGCUUCCCCUUCUUCCACCACACAGUUUGCACAGCCUUCUCCACAGCCUGGCAGUCAGCAAGCAAACUUCAGCAACAUCUUCUCGACGACGUCGCCGCUAUCGGCAUCUGGAACAAGCACUUCCACAGGCCCGAACUACUCCGCCUUCUCUCCGCCACCGGUGCCAGUACAGCAGCAAUCCUCCGGCUACCAGCCUUCAGGACCGAAUUAUUUCACAUCCGUACAGUCAUCAGCUAGUGCGUCAGGGUCUGGCGUCACUUCACCAGCCGCCUCCGUGGGCGGUCGCUCAACGGCCGCAGCGAAGAAACCGGCUGCCGGCGGGGAUGCCUUCGCCUCGCUGCUCAGCGGCAGCGGAAUGAAGAAGGCUGGCACGCCGACGCAGAAGGGACCGACUAUUGCGGAUAUGGCGAAGCAGAAGAGUCAGGCUGGACUGUACGGCGCUAACGCUCCGGCUGCGAUGCCUACCCCGGCGUCAAGUAACGGCACGAAUCCGGCCGGCUCAGGCAGUAGUGGGCUAGAUGAUCUUUUGGGUUGACCAAAAAGUGUUUGAGCGAUUGAGAUAUUGAGCGUAUAUUUGGUGCUUCCUGUAGAGCGUUACACUCUUAGCACUCUUGAGCGGCCAGAUAUUUCAGUACCUAGUCCGUCGGCACACUUCUUGGCGCGACUCUGAUGCCAAGAUUUCGUUGAUGGCCCGUGCGCGUCGCAACCCACACCGGCAAAAUCCGCUACAGACUUCCAACAUCUCGACUGCGGAAACAGAUUGUCAAGGCGCAGAAGCCACACAACACCAGCCAAUAUCACUUCUCGUACCACUUCAAGAUGUCUGGUAAAGGGUAUGCAUCCACCAUAGCUGCCCUCACUGCAGACUGAAACAGCGCUGACUUCUUCCAAGUGGUGCCGCCUCGGGCAACAAGCUCAAGAUGACCCUCGCUCUUCCAGU